CCCUGCUGGUAUAAAAAGUCCGGCUUGCGUUGCGCCUCCUUACAGGAGCCGCCGGCAAGGGGGCAACGAGGAAACGCUUAGAGCGUAGCUGAGAAGGAAAAGAAAACUACUUGUUUCAAGCCUUACCCUGCCUUUUCCUUAUUUGAACCAUCAGCAAGAUCAACACAUAAAACCAAAGAUGAAUGUCUACAAAUUUGAAAUGAAGCUGAGAGAUUGUAAUCAAAUAACGUCAGCAUCAGCACCAUCGACCAAAAUGAUUGCUUCGAAACCCAGGCUUGUGGUUCCUUAUGGCCUGAAGACUCUACUAGAAGGAGUUAGCAGAGCCAUUCUCAAAACCAAUCCAGGGAACAUCACACAAUUUGCAGCUCUUUAUUUUAAAGAGCUUAUUUUGUUCAGAGAAGCAAAUUCUUCAUUGGAUAUAAAAGACUUGGUUAAACAAUUUCAUCAGAUCAAAGUAGAGAAAUGGUCAGAAGGAACAGCACAGAAGAAAGCAGAGUGUGCCAAAGAGCAAGAAACAAAAACUCUGUUUUGUGAUGAACCCAGACAGAAAGAGAAGUCCACGGACACAGAGGAGGACAACAUGACGGGCCCGUUGUUUAGCAAUAAAACGACCCAGUUCCCAUCAGUUCACACUGAACUCACCGAGGCCGAAGAGAUAACUGAGUCAGUGAGUGAGCCCUCUCCCAAAGCAUCCACCCCUAAGGUAUCCACCCCACCAUCCUCGCCAUCUCCACUGGCAGCUGCUUCACCUGAAUUCGCCUACGUCCCAGCCGACCCAGCACAGCUAGCUGCCCAGAUGUUAGGUAACGUUUCAUCUGUUCAUUCUGAAGUGUUAAUGGUGGAUGUGGCAACAAGUAUGCAUUCUCUGCCCAAUAUGUACGUGUCCCUAGAGGCUGUUGAAGACCCAGGUUCCUCGGCCCGCCUUUCAGAUAUAACGCCUCAGCUUCUGAGUCAGACAUCCAUUCGUGUAGAGUUAGGUUCCAAAGAAACUAAGGCUGAAACGUCCUCGGCUUCCUCAGUCCCCUUGCAGGGUGAACAAGACCUUCCUGCUCACGAUCAAGCUCCUGACGUCCCUUUCCAGGCUGAUAAUGAAAUAAGAUCAUCCAUUCAAUAUAUUUCACCUGAAUUGAAUGAGCCUGAGACCGAAGGAGCAGCUUUUGUAGAGCAAAUAUCGGAGCACAUAAUAAUCCCUUUUGAUGAACCAUCAGAAGGCCAAAUUCAGAUAGAUCGAAAGACAACCUCCAUGGUGUCUGCAAAAUCCAUAGGCUCUAACCAAGAGGGGACCUCUGCAGGGUCUCUGAGGUCAGAGGCCUCUGCAAAGUCUCUCUCUACAAAAUCUGUGCACACUGCUGGAGGGUCUAUAAAAUCUGUGCACACUGCUGCAGGGUCUAUAAAAUCCCUGGAAAUUGAGGGGUCUCUAAAAUCCUUGCAUACUGAGGGGUCUACAAAAUCCUUGCGCACUGCUGAAGGAUCUCUAAAAUCCGUGCAUACUGAGGGGUCUGUAAAAUCUGUGCACACUGCUGAUGGGUCUGUAAAAUCCCUGCAUGUUGAGGGUUCUGUUAAAUCUGUGCAUACUGAGGGUUCUGCAAAAUCUGUUCAUACUGAGGGGUCUAAAAAAUCCGUGCACACUGAGGGUUCUGUAAAAUCUGUACACGCUGAAGGUUCUGCAAAAUCUGUGCGUGCUGAAGGGUCUGCAAAAUCCAUUCACUCUGCAUCCCCGGAGGAAAUCACAAAUGUCAGUUCUGGGGGAACUCCAAAAUCAGUACACUCUGCAGCUAGCGCCCCAAAAGGUGAAAAGGAUGCGCCAGAAGGGGAAGUCGAAGGGGAAGCAGCGCCUGAAGAAGGUUUGGUGCCUCAAGCGAUAGCAGCAAGUGAAGCAGGACAACCACCACCAUAUUCUAACAUGUGGACCCUUUAUUGUCUUACUGAUAUGAACCAACAAAGCCGCCCAUCACCGCCACCUGCACCCGGGCCUUUUUCCCAAGCAACCCUCUAUCUAUCUAAUGCUAAGGAUCCACAGUUUCUGCAGCAUCCACCGAAAGUUACUUCUCCAACUUAUGUGAUGAUGGACGACUCCAAGAGGACCGGUGCCCCACCUUUUAUUUUAGUAGGCUCAAAUGUUCAGGAAACACAGGAGUGGAAACCUCUUCCUGGACAUGCUGUUAUUUCACAGCCAGAUCCCUCAAAGAGAUAUACUGCAGUCCAAGUUCCCAUAGCUGUUCCUACAGAACAGCAGAAAUUCCAGAAACAUACCCCCGCCCCCCAGAAUGGUAGUUCUCCUCCAAAUGGACAAGAUCCCGCCAGGCCACAAAGCCCAGUUUUUCUUUCUGUUGCUAUACCAAUAGAAGAAGCAGCCAAAAAGGGGUCAGGAUCUGGUGACAAACGGGCUCCCUUUGCAGGAAGUUACGGUAUUGCUGGAGAAAUUACCGUGACUACUGCUCACCUUCGCAGAACAGAUACUUAAAAUGGUAGAUAAAUUUCCCUGCCAAUAGGGUAUGAUUUUUUGGAGGAAGUCUGGAAAUCUUAACAUUGAGCUUCAGAAUCUUGAUUUGUUUCAUCUAGAGAGUGACUUUUUUAAAAAAAAAAAAGAAAAAAGAAAAUUAAAUUGAAUUGAGUCAAGUUAAUGUGUGAUGAGUU